AUGGCAUUGAAAAGAAACACGAAAACCAAUGAUAAUCAUUACGGUAUCGAUGAACUGGGUCGACCCACUACCGCUCCACCGUACAACUCAUCCACAGUUAGGAAAUACAUUGGUCCUCGGACUAUUGGUGUCAAUGUAGCCAAUACUUACACUGGUUCCUUGCGAAAUUUUGCUCUUUCGACCAUUGGAUCAACGGUCAAGUCAACACCCGUCUCGACGGAUCAUGGUUUAGCUGCAUUAGUUGAAACUUCCUAUUCGCAUGCAUCGUCGACUGAAAUUAUCGAUGGAGAACGUUCCAUUCAUGAGCAGCGUGAAUUGUUUAAUAUAACAGAAACAUUAACCGACACUAUUCUACAAUGUUGUUAUUUAGAAGUUCACAAUCGUGCAUUAGAGAUGCAAAUUGAAUGGUUAGAAAAUAACGCGAAUAAGAAUUCGUCGACAAUUGAGAAAAUGUUUCGUCAGGAAACCCAAACAGCUCGUGAAUUAGUAGAAGAUGCAUCACGGUAUAAACCUGACAUGAAAAAGAAACUUCAAGAUGUUCAUCAGGUAACUUUAGCGAAUGACGAAUGUUAUCAACAAUUAUUAUCCAAGCGAAAUUCGUCAAAUCGUGAAAUAUUCGACUAUCAUCGUCAGUUAGCACAAACAAGAGCUGAAGCAGAAUUUCUACGUUGUCGUAUUCAACAGUUCAAUGACGAAAUUCAAUUUUAUACAGUGAAAAACGAAAAUCUACAAAUUCGGCAAGCGAAAUUACGUUAUGAACUAGAUGAAGAAAUCUUUGCUAAACAAGUCCUGCAAAGCGAAGUAGAAAUAUUAGAAAGUGAGAAAAUUUCCACCGAAGACACACACGCAGCAACAGUUGAUGAAGUUCGAACUUCAGUCGAUCAUCAUAUACAGAUUGUAGCAUUAAAACCAUCGGCACACUAUCGUGAACAAUUGAUUCAUCAUGUUCGACGUAGUCGUGUUGAAUAUGAAAAAAAGAUUCAAACGUAUCGCGACGAAUUACAUCGACAGUAUGAACUAGAAUUACAUCGUUAUCAUAUGUGUAGAUCUCGUCCAACUCCGAACGUGACACGAGAGCACGAACAAAAACUAGAUCAAGUAAAACGUGAAAGAAAAACAGUAGAACAACAGGUAAGUUCUGUGCGAGGUUCGAUUCAAGAAAUUCAACAUCAAAUCGAAAUAUUACGAAAAAAAAUAACUGAAGAUGAUAUUGAACUACGCUCAAGAUCAAGUGAUCAAAGACAUUUGACAAUGCUUGAACAAAUAAUACAUGACAGAGAAGAACAACUUAAAAAUGCUCUGCACAUUCGUUCUGAACUUAAACAACGCAUAGAGAAAUAUCGAGACGAAUUAAAUCGAUAUUCGUCCAGAUCAUCGCAAGAUACAACUGUAACACGAAAGUCCAUUCUUCGCUCGUCGUCAGCACACGAGAUCAAAAGAGAGAAUUAUCAUUCUUCCAGUUAUAUUCAAGUAAAAUCACCAUCGAUGGAAGACAUUAGACAUGUCGCUGUUGCCGAAGGAACUCUAGUUCGAUCCAAUGGCUUCGAUGUUGAACAAGAUUGUCGACAGUUGAACAAAAUCCUCAAUCAAUCGCAUGUUGACGAAGCAGCGGUGAUAAGAAUUCUUUGUAAUCGAAGUCUUGUUCAACGUGUUCAAAUUCGUGAUGUCUACAAGAAUCUUUAUCAUCAAAAUCUGAUCCAUGUUAUCGAAUCGAGCAUUACUGAUAAUUCGAAAAAGGUUCUGAAAAUUCUUCUUUUGCCAUCUGUUGAACGUGAUUGUUAUGAAUUACGACGAAUACUAAAAAAUACACAUCUGGAUGAAAAUAUUCUGAUCGAAAUAUUCUUAGUAAACACCAAUCAACAAAUCCGAGCUAUUCUGAGCUGUUAUAACAAAUUUUUUGAGAGUACAGUGGAACAAGAUCUUCUUGCGUUUCCCGAUACACCAUCAAUAAGAAUCUUUCAGGCAUUACUUCAAGCAAACCGUCCCGAAGAUGAUCGCAUCGAUCAGGAUGAAGUACUUGAUGAUGCUCGAUAUCUGGCAGAAUCACAGGCGAAAUGGCGUGCUAAUGGAUCAUCAUUCAUUCGAUUACUAUGCAAUCGAAGUAAUGAGCAUUUGAAACAAACGUUUGCGGCUUAUCAACAGUAUACAAGGGUUGAUAUUGAAGAUACGAUCAGAAUGGAUGUAAAUUCUGAUCUUAGUCGAACAUUAAUGGCUAUUGUUCGAUUUACAAGAAAUCAAGCGCGAUUUUUCGCCUAUGAACUAAAGAAAAGUCUGAAAGGAUUGGGCACGAAUGAAAAUAAUUUAACACGCAUUAUCGUCUCUCGAUGUGAAAUCGAUAUGGUACAAAUCAAAUCCGAAUUCGAAAAGAUAGCUCAUCGUACGCUUUUCGAUCAUAUUCAGACCGAUACAAAGGGCAAUUACAAACGUGCACUUCUCGAACUACUACGUCAUCGUAUCGAACCAAUCAGUAAAGAAGUACCAUUUCCACAAUUGCUAAAUCCGCCUAAGAAAUAUCGCGCAAAUGUUCAAUGGAAAGAUUCUGUUACGAAACAAACCUCAACGAGCAAUGUCAAUUAUGAAAAACCGAGACCAUUCGACCGAGAUAACCACGCAAAACGCACGACAUUAUCGACCAUUGAUACAAAACUAUCGCAAACACAUUUCACCGAACGGCGUUCAUCAGAGGAACAUUUAUACACAAAUGAACAUCAUGAUGAAGAAUAG